UGCAAUAAUCGACUGCCAUGAUCCCGCCCAGGUCCAUUACUUCUUGGCCUUUUCCUUGUUCGUGACUCGCGAGUUUUGGAAGCUCUUGGAAGCUCUUGGCUAUGGCGGCGCCGCUCUGCGAUGGCGGCGGUGGCGCGCGCCUGCCGCUCUCGCUUCGCCUGCUCUCCGGCCUCAUCAAGACUGCCAACGCGCUCAUCCGCCGGAGCGACUACACCAUCCGCCGCUGGCUGGGCAGCAUCGAGGAGAUUCGCUUCCCCGCCCUCUCCAUCCCCAUCUACGGCGUCUCCACCAGGGACAUCGCGGCGCCAUCGCUGGGCGAUUCUUGCUGGGCCAGGCUCUUCAUCCCCGACGACGCCGCCAAGAGCCCUAGCUCCUCCGCGUCGCUGCCCGUCGUGAUCUACUACCACGGCGGCGGAUUCGCGGUCCUCCGCCCGGAUUUCCUCCUCUACGACAUCUUCUGCCGCCGCCUCGCCAAGAUCGCGCGCUGCAUCGUCGUCUCGGUGAAUUACCCGCUGGCGCCCGAGCAUCGCUACCCCGCCGUGCACGAUUCUUGCUUCCACUUCCUCAAAUGGCUGCGAUCCAAGGAAGCCAGGGACGCCCUCCCAGCCUCGGCCGAUCUCUCGCGCUGCUUCCUCAGCGGCGAUUCGGCCGGCGGCAACAUCGCCCACUUCGUCGCGUGCCGCGCCGCCAUCGCCGAGGAGCAAGCCCUACUGGAUCCACUGCGCGUGAGAGGUAGCAUUCUCAUCCAGCCCUUCUUUGGCAGCCAAGAGAGGAGCCCCUCGGAGAUUCUCCUCCGGAAUGGGCCCAUAAUCAACCUGGAGAUGACCGACUGGUAUUGGCGGGCCUAUCUUCCCGACGGGGAAGAUCGCGACCACCCGAUUUGCAACGUGUUCGGCCCACGAUCGAUGGACAUUACGGCGCUUUCUCUCCCGCCAAGCUUGGUUUUGGUUGGCGAGUAUGAUCUCCUCAAGGACGCACAGAUGAGCUACGCGCAAGGGAUGGCCGCCGCCGGGAAGAAGGUCAAGGUUCUCUUGUAUAAGCGUGGAGUUCAUGUCUUCCACAUCUUCUAUCGCCUCAAAUCGUCGCGCCAGUGCUUGAGUGAUAUCGCGCAGUUUAUUCACGAGACGCUGGCUUGAUUUAAAUCUUUGGUAGCUAGCAAUGGUUGUAUUCUUUGCAAAAAUCUGGGAAAUGGAAAGAACUUGAGCACGAAA